AUGAAUGAAGGUAUUUCCCAGCAUCAAAUAUACUUUAACCUCAAUGAUACCCUUUCCCAAUUCUGCUCUCGCCCAGAGGAUGCACUUUCCCAAUUCUGUUCCCGCCCCCGAGGAGGCCCUUUUUCCCAACUCUGCUCUUGCCCUGAGAAGGCCCUUUCCCAAUUCUGCUCUCGCCCCAAGGAGGCCCUUUCCCAUUUCUGCUCUCGCCCCAAGGAGGCCCUUUCCCAAUUCUGCUCCCGCCCCAAGGAGGCCCCCUGUUUCCUGAGGAGGCCCUUUUCCCAACUCUGCUCUCGUCCCGAGGAUGCUCUUUCCCAAUUCUGCUCUCGUCCCGAGGAUGCACUUUCCCAAUUCUGCUCUUGCCCUGAGGAUGCACUUUCCCAAUUCUGCUCUCGCCCCAAGGAUGCUCUUUCCCAAUUCUGCUCUCAUCCCGAGGAUGCUCUUUCCCAAUUCUGCACUUGCCCUGAGGACGCCUUUUCCACUUACGCUCUCACCUUGAAGACACCUUUUCCAAUUUUGGCCUGA